CGUAGACACCCUUGUCCUAGGCAAUGACGUGGCACAUGUGACGCCCCUUCUCAGUAACGAGCUCCCUCUUCACAAAGACUUGGGCCGCCAUUUUGAUUUAGGGAAAGCAAAGAGCAACAAACAGUUUGUAAAAUAUGGGAGGCGUCUUCGCAAAAUUAUUCUCGGGUUUGUUUGGAAAGAAGGAAAUGAGAAUUCUCAUGGUUGGUCUAGAUGCUGCUGGAAAAACUACAAUUCUGUACAAGCUUAAAUUGGGAGAAAUUGUAACUACAAUCCCAACUAUAGGUUUUAACGUAGAAACUGUAGAAUAUAAGAAUAUAAGCUUCACAGUUUGGGAUGUCGGUGGCCAAGACAAGAUCCGUCCAUUAUGGCGACAUUACUUCCAGAACACUCAAGGUCUUAUCUUUGUUGUCGACAGUAACGAUCGAGAAAGAGUGGGAGAAGCUCGAGAGGAACUGAAUAGAAUGUUAAAUGAAGAUGAGCUAAGAGAUGCGGUAUUACUAGUCUUUGCGAAUAAACAGGAUUUACCCAAUGCAAUGAAUGCUCAAGAAGUCACUGAUAAGCUUGGACUGCAUAGCCAAAGGUCAAGAACAUGGUACAUCCAAGCGACAUGUGCUACAAGUGGUGACGGUCUUUACGAGGGACUGGACUGGCUCUCCAACCAAUUGAAAAAUGCAAAAUAAUAUCAAAAAUUGUAGAAAAGUAUUCCCAAACAARUCUUGUCGUUGGUUCAGGACCCCAGGCGACUCGUUUUCUUUUGUUUGUGUUCGUACUUAAUCCAUUAGUUGGGGCAAUUUCUCUAUCUUGAUUCCUACCCAGUAGCCUCAUCUGCAUGUACUACUUAUUUAUUCGUCUGGAGAUCCUAACCAACAGUCUCUGUAGUUAAAUGUCAGGGUGAAUCCAACAGUAAUAAGARAUCCGUAAUGCAGUGUAGGCUACUGAGCUAGGCUUAAUUGUUUGAAAAACUGAACAAACGAAAAAAGUGAAAAAUAGGAUUAUAGAGAGGUAUGAAUUUGCACCGAUGACACGAUUUGGAUUGUUGGUUGUUGUUUUUGGUACGUACUGCUCCCUCUGAAUCCAUCAUCACUAUAACACAUAGUGAACGAUAUCUUUUCUAUGCAGUUGGAGUAGUGUACUUCSAUAUAAUGACCAGUUUGUCUUACCCUUGUACAAGUGUCGUCGAUGAAAAUUUAAUAUUAUUGUAAAUGGUUUAAUUUUGAUUUUAUUUUGUUAGUUUUUAUACUUCUAUCGAUAUAAACUUCACUCUGUCACUACUAAUGUACUCGUUCAAUGGAGCAGAAGAUCUGCCCAGACUCUUACAGCUUGUCCAUCAUUGUUUGCAGACAAAAAUAAACUAACCGAUUUGUGUU